GGCAACUUAGCGAGAACAUUUUGAAAGCUGUUGUGGUGCCAUCGUGUUUGUGACAAGUGCUUGUGUGUUGUUUUCUGCGCUGUGUUUACAGUUCGGUGGUGAUAGCGGAAUUUGAAACUUCCUAUCUCAGUCAUUAGGUUUCACUGACAAGGGAAGAGGUGUAUAUACAGAUAUGCCUAAGAUAUCUUCAGGAAGCAGUUCUGAUGAAGACACAGAAAAUGAUUCUGACACAGAAAAUUCAGGAGACGGAAAUGGAUCAAAGAGGGGGAAAAGCGCAAUCAAACUUCGGCUAUCUCUAACAGAAGAGGAAGUAAAAUACCGCAAAAGGAAUUUUGACAGUAUAGAAGAACUUUUGAGCAAACAAGUAAGAUGUACCUCUUGUGCAAAGGAACUGCGUAGCCGCAUUGUGAAUGGCAGUGAAGUUCUGUCACAUCCAGUGUUGGACGUUCUCUUGUGCAAAGACUGUUACAGAUUUUAUGGAAAUGGUGAUUUUUCCGUUGAUGAUGAUGGUACUGACAAAUACUGUCGUUGGUGUGGCCAAGGUGGUACUCUCUAUUGUUGUGCUGAAUGCACUUGUGCCUUUUGCAAGGCAUGUAUCAAGCGCAAUUUGAAGCGAUCGAUUCUUAAGGAUAUAGAAUCAGAGGACUGGAAGUGUUUUGUUUGUUAUGGAAAGCCUUUGUGGGAUCUCAGAGCAAUUUGUUGGGCAUCAAAGAAAUAUUCAGAACAAGUACGUAGGGAGCAGAGACUGAAAAAUCAGAGAGCUUUAGAGAAAUUGAAGGAAAGGCGGAUGAAUCAUGUACCAAGAAGGAAAACUUCAAUACGUCCUCAUAAUAUGAGAACUAAAACAGAUGCAACAGAAGUUAUAGACAUUGAUUCAGGAUCAGAUGACAGCACCACAGCAUCCAGGAAGUUACUGUGUUCUUCUGAAAAUAAAAAAAGAACAUUAUUUCCCGAAAAUGACAAAAAAACUGGUACCAAAUCUGACAAUGAAGGUGAGGAUAUAUGUGAAACAGACAACCAUGAAUACAAAGGAAAACGUAAGACACCUGACAAAUCGGAUUGCGAAAAUAACGUAAAAGUGGGAAGAGGGAGAAGAUCUUCGGAUGAGGACAAUGACAUUUCCCAAGAAUCUUAUGCCUUAGAUAGAGAAAACACUAGAGAAAUCUGUAGAUUGCUUGCUGAACAGCUGAAAGACUUUGUAAGCACUGGGGAAAUUAUAUCGGAUCAGGCAAAGAAAAUACUCAAGAGAAAAGUAAAUAAGAAAAAUUUUAAAGAACUGUUAGAUGUAGAUAAAACUGUAGAAAAAAUACAACUGCUUGCAGAACUUUCAGUCAAAAAUCUUGAGAAAGCUAAAACUAAUACAAGAACUUUGUACAGUCAGUGGAGGAAGGACUUGGCGAUUAAAAACAGAAACAAGCAUGCUCAGGAUAAGACAAGAAAAUUUCAUGUAAAUGCUGACUGCCAGAUAUUGGUCGAUAAACCUUCAGCUUGCUCUAAAACUACACUUUCAGAAAAGGAAAUUGGCAGUCCAAAACCUGUCCACAGUGACCACGAAGGAUCUGAUAGAGAACAGUGCUCUCCGUUGAUGCCAAACAUGUUGCUGGGUACAAGCACACCUUGCAAAGAAGGUAAAAUGGAAGCAGAAGAAGACCAAAACAACACUGUAGUAUGUCAGUCAGAUGAAACAGCAUUAAAAACUGUAAAUGAUUCUGUCUUGCAAUCAAAUGACAACAAAAUAUCACCACAGAAAUCAGACUGUGAUGAACAGAAAAGUAAAUAUGAGGAUGAGAGUGCUAUUACAGUUGAAAAUGAACGUGGAAACCUUUUUGAGAAAAAUUUAAGUGCCAUUUCACAAAUGGCUACUGAAAUACUUGAUUUAGAGGCCGUCACAAAUGCUCAUCAGAAAGACAAUAUGGAUUGCUGUGUGAAUUCCGAUGAGUCAACUGAAAUGCUUGAUUUAGAGGCUGACACGAAACUCCAUGAAGACAGUACUAUAGAUAAUUGCCAGCCUGAUUUGUUUGAUGUAGAAUUGCAAACGGAGAAGACCAGUAAUGAUAAAAUUGACACUAUGGGUUAUGACGUCCAGGAACAGUUAAGCACUGAGUUGAUUGACACAAUGGAAAGCAUCCUUGUUAAGGUAGAGGAAAACAUCAGUCGCCCUGAUAUGUUUGUGAACACUGAUGCCAAGCUGCAGAGUAGUCCUCUGCGUGAUUCUCAUGUAGAUGCUGUAGAAUCAGACAAGGAAAAUAAAUUUUCAAGUAUUGCAUUAAAAUCAAAAGAAAAGUUACUAGAGGUUAGUUCUGAAGACAACUCAGAAAGUGAUAGCACAAACCAUUCUGAUGAAGAAGCACAAAGGAAAAAAAGAAAGAAGUGCAAAAGAUUAUCAUUGAGGAAUCAUCCUAGUAAUUCAAAAGUGCCUGCAGAUAAAAAUACAUUGAAGAAAAAGAAACAUGGUCUUCGAGGUCUUCCAUCUUGUAGUGAUAGUGACUCAGAGAGUUCUUUGGAUAGUGCAAAGAUAGAUAAAUAUGGUCAACAAGAAAAGUUUGAUAUGAAAUAUUUAGCUCAGUUUAAUGAUGAAAAACUGAGAAAUGGCUGUUAUGUAAAACUUGAAAGGCUGGCCUCUUUUUCAAAUGUUGAGAACAACUGUGAUAUGGACAAUGGGCCAGAUAUAGAAAAAAGUAAUAAAAGCAGGAACAUUAUUAGCGGAAGUGAUGCAGAAUCUAUGGAUGAUAAUGAAGAGGAACGAGAAAUACGAAGACUGCUUUCCUUGAAGUCCAUAAAAAAGAAAUCAUUAAAUUUCAAAGCUGACUUAAGUGACGCUGACAGUGAUGGUUCUAGAGGCAGUAGUAAUAAAAAGGUAAAGAAUACCAAAAGUGACAAAAAGCUCGAUGAAGAGCAGACUGAAUCACUGUUAAGUGUACACAAGAAAGUCAUGGAUGGUGAUACGAGUACUGAUUCUGAUACUGCUGGAGAAGACUAUUGCCCAGUUUCUGAGGGACACCCAGUGAAACCUGGAAAACAAGAUGAUAAAGUUACUGGGAAUCAUGAUGAAAUUGCCAAGCAGUUGUUAUUGCACGACUCCAGUGAUUCAGAUUCAUCUGUUCCUUUACACCAACAGUGUCAAAGCCCCAAAUCUGUUGACAAGAAAAAGGAAGUUGUGGAAGAGAGCAGUCCUAAGGAAUGUGUAAAAACUGAAGAAAAUGAUGGACAACAAGAAGAAACAGCCCCAGAACCAGUGAAAAAGGACCAUCAGGAUGAUGAAAAAGAAAUACCAGAAGGAGGAGGAGGAGAAGGAGGAGGGAAAAAUAAAAAGGAAGGUUGUGAAGGGGGAGAACUAUCAGUGAAAACUGAUGAAGAUAAAUGUGAAAACCAGAACAAAGAAAACAAGCCUGAAAGUGAGGUGGAGUCUGAUAAUACAGCAGAAGAAGUUGAAGCAAAAAUGCACUCCAAAGCAGAGGAGGAACUUAAUGAAAGUACAGACUGUAAAGAGAGCAAAGAAGAAGAUAAAAAAUCUACUGAAGAAACGAAGGAAAAUAAAUCAAAGAGCACGUGGCGAAAUGACAAAUUGUUGAGAGCAAAACUUUCAGAAACUGAUACCAGUGAUGAAGAAAGGAAGUGGAAUGCAAGAAAAAAGAAGAAAGAGGCAGAUGACUCAUCUGACAGCCCAUCUGGCGCAACUCCGUUGAUCCAAAGGAAGAAGAAACGAAAGCGUAUUGUGGACUCAGAUUCUUGUUCAGAUAUCAAAUCGGGCAGUGAGAGCAGUGAUUUAGAAGCUCUGUUUGGUACUAAAAGGAAACGCAAACACAAGUCAGAAUCCAGUGACAUAGACAGUAGUAGCAGCUCCCCUUCAAGCAUUGAACUGAAGAAGAAACCAAAGCGCAGAAGAGUAGUAGUAGCAUCAACUGGCAGUUCAGGAAGUGAUACUGAUGAUUUGAAUAGUACACAGAAGUCGGAAGGGACACCAGGGAAAGGACGCAAAAAUAUCAGGCGUGUAUUGAAGGAUGAAAAUGUAGCAGAAGCCACCAAACGGGCAGCACGGGAAGAAGAAGAGCGAAAAAAGAGAAUAGCUGAGAAGCAGAAAAUGUACAAUGAACUUUUCAAGACUGACCAAGGAAACGUAGAGAAACUGGAUAAGCUUGUGUUGGAUUUUGAUCAAGAAACAAAAGAAGAAGUGGUAACAGUACACAAGGAUAUUGUGACAAAAUUAAAACCCCAUCAGGUCAAAGGUGUGAAGUUCAUGUGGGAUACCUGCUUCGAGUCAGUCGAGCAAAUAAAAGAGAGUAAAGGAACUGGUUGCAUCUUGGCUCAUUGCAUGGGACUUGGAAAGAGUUUACAGGUUGUUGCUUUGGUGCACACAGUUUUGUGUAACUCUGCUACUUCUGUGAAGACAGUUCUUAUCAUAUGCCCAUACAGCACAAUCAAGAACUGGGUGAAUGAGUUUCAGAUUUGGCUAAAGGAUCUGCCUGAUAGUGAUGAGAUAGAAGUGUACGAACUUACCAACUACAAGAAAAAUUAUGAGCGCAUGUACCAGUUAAAAAAGUGGCACGAAGAAGGUGGUGUAAUGGUGAUGGGGUAUGAAAUGUAUCGAAAUCUGGCUGGAAAUGAGAAGCUAAAAGCACGAAAACAGAUGAAAGAGAACUUUCACAAUAUCCUUGUUGACCCAGGUCCUGAUCUAAUAGUGUGUGAUGAAGGCCACCUGUUGAAAAAUGAGAAUUCAGCCAUUUCCAAAGCUCUACGGAAAAUUAGAACACUACGGCGCAUUGUCUUGACGGGAACCCCAUUACAAAACAAUCUUAAUGAGUAUCACUGCAUGGUCCAGUUUGUCAAACCUAAUUUGCUUGGCAGUAAGAAAGAAUUCGAUAAUAGAUUCGUGAAUCCAAUUCGUAAUGGACAGUAUGUAGAUUCCACAUUACAUGAUGUUAAAGUUAUGAAGCGGCGUGCACAUGUCCUGCAUAAAAUGCUGGAAAGCUCUGUUCAGAGAUUUGAUUAUGGUGUUCUGACACCAUUUCUGCCACCAAAACAUGAAUAUGUCAUUUCUGUUCGUCUGUCUGAGACACAGGUAAAACUAUACCGUUAUUAUUUGGACAACUUUAGUGCAGCAAGUGAACUAAAUGAACCUACACGUGGCAAGGGUGCCAAACUCUUUGCAGAUUUUCAAGCACUUCAGCGAAUAUGGACUCAUCCACGUGUAAUACGUAUGGAUGCCGACAAAAAGGAGAAAGAUGAAGAAAAGAAGCAAAUGAUGGCAUCUGAUUCUGAAGGAUCUCUGAAAGACUUCGUGGUAGAUGACUCGACAACUGACAGUGAUGAAACAUCAAAUGAUAGCGGCAAUGAAAAAGAUGACGAUAAAAAAGAUUCAAGUGAUAAUGACAUUAUUGAGAUUACUGAAAAAGAAAAUGAAGAGGAGGAACAGAAGUCAUCGGAAUGGUGGGAACAGUUUGUGACUGAGGAAGAAAUGGAUGAUAUAAAAUCCAGUGGAAAAUUAAUGCUCUUGUUCUAUAUCUUGCAAGAAUGUGAGAAAAUAGGUGACAAAGUGCUUGUAUUUAGUCAGUCGCUGCUAACAUUAGACCUGAUUGAAUAUUUUCUGGCAAAAGUAGAUGAAGCUACUCAGAAAAACAGUGAUAGCAACGGAAGUCAAGAAAGUUUUACGGGCUCGUGGUCACCUGGUCUUGAUUACUUUAGGUUGGAUGGAUCAACAUCAGCUGAAAACCGAAGUAUAUGGUGCAAGAGCUUCAAUAAGGAGAGUAAUUACAGAGCUCGUUUGUUCCUGAUUUCAACAAGGGCUGGAGGCCUGGGCAUCAAUUUAGUGGCUGCAAAUCGUGUUGUUCUCUUUGAUGCCUCGUGGAACCCGUCUCAUGAUGUGCAGAGUAUUUUCAGGAUUUACAGAUUUGGUCAGAAGAAACCAUGUUAUGUUUACCGGUUUCUGGCUCAGGGGACCAUGGAAGAAAAAAUUUAUGACAGGCAAGUGACAAAAUUGUCUCUGUCUUGUCGUGUUGUUGACGAACAGCAAAUUGAACGGCAUUACAAUAUGGCAGAUCUUCAGGAGAUGUAUAUGUUUGACCCUGAGCAAGUGAGCAAACGUCCCACACCUUUGUUACCAAAGGACCGACUGCUGGCUGAGUUACUGAAAGAACAUGAAUACUGGGUUAUAACAUAUCACGAACAUGAUUCAUUACUACAAAACAAAGAAGAGGAGGAGUUAAACGAGGAAGAAAGGAAAGCAGCUUGGGAAGAAUAUGAAAAUGAGAAGCAGGGGAAAGUUCCUCCACCGGCAUUUGCCUUCAUGAACCAAAACAUGGGAAUGCACCAGGGACCGGUGGGACAGCUUCAAAUACCAACUCAACUGUUACGUGAUAUGCUACGGAGAGAGAAUCCACAGUCAACAGAGAUACAGAUAAGUGAGAGGCUCAAUACGGUGAUUUCCAACAUAUCAUCACUAAUCGCAAAUAACCAGAUGGUUGGAGGGACUGAGUAUGAGGGCUAUUUGAAACUGUUGCAACAACAAUACAUUCAAGAUCAGAUGAGAAAAGAAUCUCAGUUUGUUUCUAAUGAAAUAUACAUGAAUGCUGGGCAUCCAGUUCAGCCUCUGUAUUCAAACUAUUUUGUGAAGAAAGCUGUAAACCCCAUUCAGAGGACAUAUAUGAGAAAUGAAGUAGCAGGAGCACCUUCAACUAGUAAAACACUGCCAAUGAUAAAGGUUAAAGAUUUUGGGCAGAUGCGUGCCAUCAGUCCAACCAUAAUGCAAGUUGCACAACCAAAAACAUAUGGAGGUAGAAAUCUGGGUCUUCAGGUGGAAAACACUGUAUCUUCACUGCCACAGCAACACACACCUAGUGAUGACAGUAUUGAAAUUAUCGAUUAGUUGUUUUAAACUAAGAUGAUUGUGUGUACUUCUAUUUGUGUACAAAACUUUUUGUUAUACAGUAACUAUUAUUUAUCUGAAUUUAGUUUGUACAUAAAGGUAUAAUUUUUUUACAUGUGUUUUAAAAAAAAUUAUUUAUGGAUUAAAUGUGGCUUCUUAUGUAUUGUUCAGUUAUUGAUACACUAGGUCAUGAAAUUUGAUUCUGUAAUAACAGUCUCUGGUGUGAAGUAUUCGUUGUUUCUCUUGAGAAUCACAUUUGUUAUAGUGUUGCGCAAGAAUUGCUGUAUGGUUGUUUUCUUUGGGUGAUGAGAAAAUUUGACACACUAAAACAGUCAUUGCAUUCCUAUUCCCCAUUGAAUUUACAAUAUUGGUUGUACAAAUGUAUGUUGUUUUUCUUUGGGUAGAUGAGAAAAUUUGACACUCUAAAACAGUCAUUGCAUUCCUAUUCUCCAUUGAAUGUACAAUAUUGGGUGUACAUAUGUAUUGGUUAUCUGAAAUACAUGAGAAAAUGUGUAAUUUUGUUUGUGUGUGUAUAAAUUUAUUGGCUAUAUGAAAUAAAUUAGAAAAUGUGUAAUUUUGUGUUUGUAAGUGAGAAACUAUCUGUAAUAUUCGUAAGUUCAGUUUUAAUAAAUUAUCCACA